CCGACCGGAGCGAAGAUUCAACGCAGAAGAAGAGAAUAGUGAGAGAAAACGAGCGACACGGAGCGAGAUCGGCACGAAGCAGCCGUCAACGACAGGAGAAGAAGAGAGUGAAAAGCUAGAGAGAGAGAGAGAGUGAGUGAGUUGACGUGUCGCGGCGGCAUUAAUGGCGGAGGGGCAAACGGAGCAGCCGCUUAAGCACGGCGAGGAGAGCGUCAAGCUCUUCGUCGGCCAAGUGCCGAAGCAGAUGACGGAGGCGCAGCUGCUCGCAAUGUUCGCGGAGUUCGCUAUCGUUGAUGAAGUCAACAUCAUCAAAGACAAGACUACGCGAGCUUCUCGAGGGUGUUGUUUCGUGAUAUGCCCGUCGAGAGAAGAAGCGGACAAGGCUAUAAAUGCGUGCCACAAUAAGAAGACGCUUGCCGGGGCUUCUAGUCCAUUGCAAGUAAAGUAUGCAGAUGGCGAGUUGGAAAGGCUAGAGCACAAGCUUUUUGUUGGUAUGCUACCAAAGAAUGUUUCUGAAGCUGAACUCUCGGCCUUAUUCUCACAAUAUGGAACCAUUAAAGAUUUACAAAUUAUUAGAGGGUCUCAGCAAACUAGUAGAGGAUGCGCUUUUCUAAAAUAUGAACAAAAAGAACAAGCUGUUGCAGCCAUAGAUGCCCUUAAUGGAAACCAUAAGAUGGAGGGUUCUACGGUCCCUUUAGUAGUCAAAUGGGCAGAUACAGAAAAGGAAAGGCAAUCUCGGAGGGCUCAAAAAGCUCUAUUUCAAGCAUCUAAUGCACCUGACUCUGGACAGCAUCCAUCUGUAUUUGGAGCUUUACCUAUGGGUUAUAUGCCACCAUAUAAUGGAUAUGGUUAUCAGAGUCCUGGAACAUAUGGAAUCAUGCAGUAUCGCCUACCACCAAUGCAGAACCAGCAUACUUUCCAGAAUAUGAUUCCACCUGCGAAUCAAGUAAGUCCAGUACGUGGCACCAAUUCUGAUCUUUCACCCAGAUUGACUCCAAGAAAUUAUGCAUUGUCACCUACAAGUUAUUUAAGAUCUGCUUACUCUGUGCCUGGGGUUCAGUAUCCUGUGCCAUAUCCUGGAGGAAUUGUGAGCAAUAGACCUUUUAGUAAUUCUCCUGGUGCUCAACACCCUGGUACUGCAUACAGCCAAUCUGCAGCAUCUUCAAGCAUCAACUCAGGAUCAGGGGGUCAGAUUGAAGGUCCACCUGGUGCUAAUUUAUUUAUUUACCAUAUUCCUCAAGAAUUUGGUGAUCAGGAGCUUGCAAGUGCAUUUCAACCAUUUGGUAGGGUCUUGAGUGCUAAGGUUUACAUUGACAAGGCAACUGGUGUUAGCAAAUGUUUCGGAUUUGUGAGUUACGACUCUCCCGAAGACGCACAGACUGCAAUAAACAGAAUGAAUGGCUGCCAGUUAAGUGGUAAAAAAUUGAAGGUUCAACUUAAAAGAGACAAUAAACAAAGCAAAGCUUAUUGAUGUUUCAAGGUCUGGAAUUCUUUGCAUAGAUGAUCACACAACAGCUUCAAGGGAGUUACUGGCUUUUAGGAGCCAUUCAGGAAUUUGACACAUUUAACACUACCCGAUACUGUUUGUAGCCUCUCCUCAUGGGAUUAAAGUCCCACAAACUUGUAAUUCUUGAUUUAUUUUGUACCAAUGUAAUUUGUGAUUCAUAUAAUGUUAAUUUUCAUUCAGACAUUGGUUAAUUUAUUGAUUCUUCUCUUAAUGGACCUUUUUUCCCUGAGAA